AAUUCGGUUGGUAACAUUUUGGAAAAAUAUCAAAAAAAAAAAAACACUAAAAUAAAUUAAGAAACGGGAAGCUGACUAAAUUAGUACAAAAAUUGAUUAGAAUUGAAAUUGAAUUUUGUAUUUUAUUUUUAUUAAUUUUGAAAACAUUGUAGUAAAAUCGAACUAAUUAUUUAUUGCUAUAGUACUUUUAUAUAAUAAAUUUAAAUAUAAGAAUAAAUAAAUAAAGAUGAUUUCAUCAAUAGUUCGUGGUUAUAAAGGAUUAAACCUGAUUGGUAUUGCAUAUAAAUUACAGUACAAGCAUUUAAUACCACAAAUAAGGCAUGUCAGUUUAUCUUAUGGUGAUGUUAAUAAUUUAACAUUGAAUGCAAAACAAUUUCUCAACGAAUCCGUUUCAUUAUGUCUACCUGAAUACGUACAUAUUUGUGAUGGAAGCGACACGGAAAAUGAUUUACUCAUAAAAACUUUAAGUGAAGCUGGUACUAUUUCACCAUUACCAAAAUAUGAAAAUUGUUGGUUAGCUAGAACUGAUCCAAAAGAUGUAGCACGUGUUGAAUCAAAAACUUUUAUUUGCACUGAAGGAAAAAGUCAAGCCAUUCCAAAGAUUAAAGAGGGUGUUACUGGUUCCUUAGGUAAUUGGAUAUCUGAAGAAAAUAUGGAUAAAGCAAUCGCAGAAAGAUUUCCAGGUUGUAUGAAAAAUCGUACAAUGUAUGUUAUACCAUAUUCGAUGGGUCCAGUAGGGUCACCGUUAUCGAAAAUUGGUAUUGAAAUCACAGAUUCACCAUAUGUGGCGCAAUCAAUGAAAAUUAUGACACGAAUUGGAAAUAAAGUUUGGGAACAAUUAAGAUCAAAAGAUGAAUUUGUAAAAUGUUUACAUUCUGUUGGAGUACCAUCAAAUGGCGAAGUGAAUAUGCCAUCGUGGCCAUGCGAUCCGGAAAGAACAAUUAUUUUACAUAAAGCCUCAGAAAAUUUUAUUGCAUCUUAUGGUUCUGGAUAUGGUGGAAACUCUUUAUUAGGGAAAAAAUGUUUCGCUCUUAGAAUUGGAAGUACAAUAGCCCAGCGUGAAGGUUGGUUGGCUGAACAUAUGUUGAUUUUGGGUAUAACUAAUCCGAAAGGUGUAAAAAAAUAUAUAGCUGCGGCAUUCCCAUCUGCAUGUGGUAAAACAAAUUUAGCUAUGAUGACUCCAACAUUACCUGGAUAUAAAGUUGAAUGUGUUGGUGAUGACAUUGCUUGGAUGAAAUUUGAUUCCGAAGGAGUACUUCGUGCCAUUAACCCUGAAAAUGGAUUUUUUGGUGUAGCACCAGGAACUUCAAAAGAAACAAACCCAAUUGCUAUGGCGACAAUUUUUAAGAACACAAUUUUCACUAACGUUGCUUCUACAUCUGAUGGAGGAGUUUAUUGGGAAGGAAUGAAUAAAAAAGAAAUUGAAAAUGUUCAAGUUACAGAUUGGUUAGGUCAACCUUGGGAUCCGAAUUCUGGAAAACCAGCAGCUCAUCCGAAUUCUCGUUUUUGUACACCUGCUUCUCAAUGUCCAAUAAUUGAUUCAGCAUGGGAAGAUCCUGAAGGGGUUCCGAUAAGUGCAAUUCUUUUUGGAGGAAGGAGACCUGAAGGAGUACCAUUGGUUUAUGAAGCACAUAAUUGGAAACAUGGAGUAUACGUUGGAGCUUCUAUGAAGAGUGAAGCAACAGCUGCUGCUGAACACAAAGGCAAAGUAAUAAUGCAUGAUCCAUUUGCAAUGCGACCGUUCUUUGGCUAUAAUGCUGGACAUUAUUUAGCACAUUGGUUAAGUAUGGAGAAACGUGGAAAAGUACCAAAAAUUUUCCAUGUUAAUUGGUUUAGAAAAGGCGAAGAUGGAAAAUUUUUAUGGCCAGGCUUUGGUGAAAAUUCAAGAGUAUUAGACUGGAUUUUAAGACGUAUAGAUGGUGAAAAUUGUUAUGUUGACACUGUUAUUGGAAAAAUGCCACGUAUUGACUCAAUUAGAACUGAUGGCUUAAAAGAAAAAGUAGAUUUCAAGGAAUUAUUUACUUUAGAUAAAUUCUUUUGGCUCGUAGAAGUCAAGGAAGUCCAAAAAUAUUUUGAAGAACAAUUUGGAAAGGAUUUGCCGCCAGAAAUUAAAAAUGAAUUGAUACAAAUAAAAGAAGCGUUAUUCUUUGUAGUUUAAAUUUAUAUAGAUUAUUUAAAAAUGCUAUCAUAUGGAAAAGGAACGAGAUUUUUUAAAAUACUUUUGUGAUAAUGAUAUUGACGAUUUUAAAUUAAUUUUUUUUUUUCAUAAUGUCUGACUUAUAUUGUUUUUUUUAUACUGAUAAUAAAAAAUUUAAA